CAGUUUCUUCCACAUCUUUCCAAUGCCGAUGAACGGGCAUUUGUUAUAGUAAACAAAGAUGGCGACUAUGCAAUUGUCAAAGGCAGGUGGACGGGUUUCUCCAGAAAACAGCCGGCUUCAAAAGGCCAAAAAGCAAAACCUGGUGCCGCUGGUCGACUUCUUGUUGAUGCAUUCAAUUUAUUGAAAAAUACGGUGCAAAAAAUCGAGGUACCGUCACCAGACGGCUCGACCUUAUUUGUGAUUGGAGAUGCCCAGGCACGUCUUCCCGGAAAGCGAAUAGAAUGUCGAUCAACGAACACUGCCGAGCAGAUUGCUUCCGUUUUUUGCGUUUCCACGUUGUUCGUGCUGUGCAACCCGGAUAAGGUUCGAUCACGUAACGACAGUACCUCAGUCGGCCACCAGGCUCAUAAAUGGCCUCUGACAUUGGCAUGUGGCUACGGCAGACAACUUCCUUCGAAUCGUAUCCUCCAAUCACAUGACGCUGAAGGUCUGGAAUUGGCUCCACUGAUGAUGGCCAUGUGUGGAGCAAGCGGAUGCGAUGGUGCAGCUUGUGGAGCGUGUGGUGCCUGUGGUGCUUGCGGAGCUUGUGGUGGUUGCGGUGGCUGUGGUGGAUGCGGCGGAUGUGGUGGAUGCGGAUAG